AUGUGUAUUUAUCCUUUUCUUUAUGGUACGGAAUUAAUAAUAGCUUUGAAGCGGAAGUCACAUCCCUCUCAAUCCGAAAGCAGAAAUAAGAGAACUACAAUUGAUCUGAAUAAUCAAUCGGAAUCUGAUAGUGAAUGGUAUUAUGAAGACUCGGUGGAGAGUGAGAGUGUCAAAGAACUGCAUUCAGAAUUUCCUCGGGAAGAAGUAGAUAUCUUUAAUGCUCCGAAAAUUGAGACGAAAUUGUGCUUGAAAAAUUCUAACAUUAUUUGUCUUUUCGAUGUCGAAUUUCCUUACACGAAACAACCCUUUAAAAAAUUACCAAUGGAUCAGAUGUGCAUGAUAAAGAAUAAAUGGUCAGAGGCCGAAGAAUUUAUUAGUAAAAAAGAGAUUGAAGAAUGUUAG